UGGCCUAUACUUUGGCAACAUCCCGCGCUUUGAUUACUGUACAGUAAUCAAAGCGCGGGAUACCGUGGAAUGGACUCGGAAAAACCUCUAGAAGUUCGGCGGCGCCAUUCCGCGCGCGAUCUCAGCGGGCGAGCGUGAUCACCAACGUGGACCGAUGAGGCACCGAUCGUACCGUGUAUGCAAUGGACGCACGCUCGCACUCAUCGCGCUCGUCGUGCUUGUCGCACGCACGCAGCGCGUCUUCGCUUCGCCGACCGACGAGCGAAGAUUCUGGACGCCCACUGUCGUCGCCGUGGACGACGGCGUCGGUUCGAAGAUCCGACGCAUGGGAAACGAUGUGGAGAAAUCGAAGUCUUUCGUGUUUGAGAACACGGUAGCGGAAUCGCUGACAAGAGAUGGCGUCGUCGCGGUGCGAGUGCGAGGCUUGAACGAAGCAAAGACACAGAGCGCAAAACUCUUCAUGGAUUGCGCGCGGGUUACGGAUAAUGUUGCAGUAGAAGAGUACGACGAUGGAUCCAGGCGCGUGACGCUCGCCACGACGACGAAGCAGAGGGGGAGUGGUUUCGGGGAACCCACGUCCAAAGCAUGUAAGAAGUUCGAGGUCACGACGAAAAUGCUUCGCGCGAAAGUUUCUGUGGCCGAACAAGCAAUCACGGACGUGUUUCAGAGCAAGUUUUCAGAUCUGAGUGAAUUUGCGAACGGGGUACUGAUGCAGGGAGAGAACGGCGAGACCUAUAAAACUUUCUCGGAAGUAUUGAAAGACUGCGAGCACCUUGAACAUUUUCACGGCUACACGAUUUCACCACAACAAAAAUUGAAGAAUAGUAAAGUGCGGACGAUCGAAGAGCACACGGAUCAAGGUCUACUCAUCGCAUUCGUCCCGGCCAUAAUUGUCGAUGCAGUGACGGGAAGGCGCGAUAAGUUUUCCUCAACCGGCGAUUUUUAUAUGACGCUUCCUGGGCAUCGCAAGGUGCUUCUCCAUUUUGACACGCUUCCAGACGAUGUCGUUAUUUUUAUGCUGGGUCAAGCAAUCGAGCAACAAAUCACUCCCAAACUUGCAAACGGCCUUGAGCUUCACGCUGUACCACACGCAAUGGAUAUGCCCAAUCUUAAAUCUAAUCAGUUCAGAUUUUGGUAUGGGCGAAUGUUCCUCCCACCUGAGAAUGCCUUGGACGAAAGCCAUGGUCUCUCUUUUGGGACAGUGCGCGCUAACAUCAUCGAAGAUUUCGCACGUGGGCUGAAGACAUCCGUGGGAUGUGGUCGUGAGCUCCUCUCCGUGGCAGGGAGCGGUUCAUGCGCUAGCAACCAGAUAUGGUGCUGGAUGCGAUGCAUGAAUCACUCAGCGCCGGCGAGCAAUCCACUCACAUGCAGGACGGGUCAUAGUGUCCAAUGUUUGAGCCAAAGACUGGAAGUCUGGACGGAUGCCGACAGUCAUGGUGAUUAUAAUCCUGGAUGCACCGACGAGACCAACGAGACAAAGCCCGUCACCGAUCCACCGACCAUCCCAGCUCGAGCAGCCUCUUGUACAGAUGGAAACGCCUGGGAAACUUUUUUGAACCACUCCGAAUAUGAAAACAGCUUGGAGCUGUUACAAGAUAAGUUAUAUUUACUCUGGACUGUUCAAAAUGGUAAGUUAAAAGCCCGAGUUGCCUUCAAUGGCAAGAUUGGUUGGUUUGCUCUCGGCAUCAAAAACCUAGGAGGGAAACACAACGGGAUGAACGGGGCGAACAUCGUCAUGGGCGUCCACGACCCUCAUCCAAUGGGUCACGACAGCAAUUUCGGUUCUCCUUAUGUUGGAAAGAGCAGUGCGAAACAAUACAAAAUCCACGAUCAUUCUUCUGCUUUUCGACAUUGGAAUGACACUGCUGACGUUGCCUCACCCUUCGUGAGUUCGACGACGUUCAAUUCAUGUUUCAGUUGUAUGCGUUUCGAGACGGCCUCGAUACGGGGCGAGGCUCUGAAUCUCACCUCUGGUAUUAAUGAACUCAUCUGGGCUGCUCAUGAUGGCACUUACCUCAAAGGCUACCAUGAAGUACAAGGAUUCGAUCGGAGAGAUGCACGCGGGCAUCUCACGCUUGACCUGACGCGAAAUUACGGUCGUGUAACGUGCGGCUUCUCAAGAGGCUGGGCUGCGGCGAGUCAAACAUGUGCUUUUUCGGCAGCAAGCACUCCUUCAGCGAUAGUUUCUAUAUCCAUUGCUGUCAUUGCAAUCCUCGUUAUGUGACGCGGAAGUUUGCAUUCUUCACGAUCUUUCAAUCGACACCCGAAACAGUCUGAGCACGCACCGACAGUCACGCCGUUGUAGGUCCCGGCGUGAUAACAGAACUCUUCGCUUGAUGCGAGUGCGUUCGUGCUCGCGUACGCACUCGAAACGGUGCAGUCGGCGUGAGAGAAACACACGUCGCCCGGGUCCGCGCGCGCGGUGUGCGCGACGGCGAGAGCGAAAACGAACGGCACGAGGAGGUUCUGAAACAUUUUUGGUGUGGGUUUAGCUCGCGAAAAAGUUUCAGCGAG